AUGUCGGACCUCCAGGGAAGAAAGGUGUUCAAGGUCUUCAACCAGGACUUCAUUGUCGACGAGAGAUACACUGUGACCAAGGAGUUGGGACAAGGUGCUUAUGGUAUUGUCUGUGCUGCCACCAACUCUCAAACUCAAGAAGGUGUUGCCAUCAAGAAGGUUACGAAUGUGUUCUCGAAGAAGAUUCUCGCAAAGCGUGCGCUGCGAGAAAUAAAGCUGCUACAACACUUCAGAGGUCACCGAAACAUCACUUGUCUGUAUGAUAUGGACAUUCCUCGCCCGGACAACUUCAACGAGACCUAUCUCUACGAGGAGCUCAUGGAGUGUGAUCUCGCUGCCAUUAUUCGAUCCGGCCAACCCCUCACCGACGCCCAUUUCCAAUCUUUCAUCUACCAAAUCCUCUGUGGUCUUAAAUACAUUCACUCUGCAAAUGUCCUUCAUCGGGAUUUGAAGCCUGGUAAUCUGCUGGUCAACGCUGACUGCGAGCUGAAGAUUUGCGAUUUCGGUUUGGCUAGAGGUUUCUCUGUUGAUCCGGAGGAGAAUGCGGGUUAUAUGACCGAGUAUGUGGCGACGAGAUGGUACCGUGCUCCUGAAAUUAUGUUGAGCUUCCAGAGCUACACAAAAGCUAUCGAUGUCUGGUCCGUUGGAUGCAUCCUUGCCGAAUUGCUCGGAGGGCGCCCGUUCUUCAAGGGUAGAGAUUACGUUGAUCAACUCAACCAGAUCCUUCAUAUCCUCGGAACACCCAAUGAGGAGACCCUCUGCCGUAUUGGAUCUCCCCGAGCUCAAGAAUACGUCCGCAACCUCCCACACAUGGCCAAGCGACCAUUCCCAACCUUGUUUCCAAAUGCCAAUCCCGACGCAUUGAACCUUUUGGAUCAUAUGCUGGCUUUCGAUCCAUCAUCGCGAAUCUCUGUCGAGGAGGCUCUCGAACACCCAUACCUUCACAUCUGGCACGAUGCCUCUGACGAACCCGGGUGCCCAACAACGUUCAAUUUCGACUUCGAAGUCGUAGAGGAUGUCGGCGAGAUGCGCAAGAUGAUCUUGGACGAGGUCGCUCGCUUCAGACAGCAUGUCCGUAUCCAACCCGGUCAACAAGGAGCCAGCCAAGGUCCCGCAGUGCCGAUUCCCCAAGGUGGAGGUGGAUGGAGCAAUGAAGAUCCUCGUCCUCAAGAGUAUGGCCAGAAUGCCACUGGUCUUGAGCAGGACUUGCAGGGUGGAUUGGAUGCUAUGCGCGCAUAG